AUGUCAUUAAAGCCCGGGUUUGACCGCAAAACGGCCAAGAAAUUUGCCGUAGUACAUAGACCGCACGAUGACCCGCGAUUUCACGAUACGGAGGCAUCAGAGCAUGUUUUGGUGCCAGUAGAGGAUCGUAAAUCGCGUAAUAAAAACUCUACCGGUGCUAAAUCACCUUUUUCUCAGGGAUCGAGACAACAGAGAAGCGAUUUGAAGAAAGCGCCUGCUCAUGACCAUGUCGGCGAAGCGACGCUCUACGGUAUUGAAUUCGACGACUCGAAAUAUGACUACACACAGCAUCUUAGACCGGUCGGAAUGGAUCCGCAAAAUGCGGUGCUUAUCUCUGCCAAGUCUACAACGCAAUCAAAACCGCGUGAGGCAAAGGUCGAAGACCUAUUCGCCGGGCUUGAGAUUCACGACAGCAAGGACAAGAAAAACGAUUCCAUGUUUGAACGUGGCGGUAUCGCCAAACGCGAAUAUCUCAAACACCAGCAAGAUGUGGAUGAGGAGCUACGCGGUUUUAGACCAGACCUCAAUCCCGCACUCAGGGAAGUGCUCGAGGCGCUGGAAGAUGAGGCAUACGUGGUGAACAAAGAUGUUGUGGUUAAGAAAUCGAAGGCACAGGCAGAGGCAGAAGAAGAAACCGGUGACAACGACGACGAUGAUCUAUUCGAACAACUUCUGCUUGGCGGGGAAGUUGAAGACGCGGAAGAUUUCGAUCAAGAAUUUGACGAAUGGGAUGUGGACAAUAUACAGGACUACGAGGAGACACAUUACCGGGAUGAGCUGCAGCAGCUUGAGAACAUUGAGAACUUUGAGGAUCUGCAGAAUAUCGACUAUCAAGCGGACGUGACGAGAUUCAAAAAGCAGCAAUCGCGCAAAAAUCGUGAAGGUACCCUCGAUGUCGACGGUGACGAUUUGGAUUCCUUGAACGAUUUCGGCAGAGGCUCGGACGAUGGCAGCUUGGCACCUCUGCAAGAUGGCGAAGAACAAGACACGUUGGAAGAUCUCCCGCAAAUCGGUAACAAAAAGAAAGCCUCCAAGAGCAAAGGCAAAGCCCGCCGGCAAAAGGGUGCCAUGUCGGACGUUUCCGGUUUUUCUAUGAGCUCCAGUGCAAUUACUCGGUCCGAGGCACUCACUGUGCUUGACGACCGCCACGACCAGAUCAUCGCGGGAUACGAAAACUACCAAGAAGACCAAGAUGAGGAUGAGGACAACUACCAGCCCUUCGACAUGGCUAACGAGCGUGCAGAUUUCGAGUCUAUGCUUGACGACUUUCUCGAUAACUACGAGCUCGAGUCUGGUGGCAGAAAACUCGUCAAAAAAAAUCAUGAAGCUGCCAAAUUUCAGGAAGCUGCUGAUCAGGUCAGCAAAGGUAAAUUAUCGCAAAGAAGAAACAAAACUCGACAAGGCAAAAAUGGUAUCGACUCCAUAACUGGCAACUUGAAUAGCUUGAGAUUUUGA